AUGAAGGUCUCCAUCGGCAAGUGGGCAACGGCGCUGCCGGCGCUGUUGCUCGCGACCACCGUGUCCGCCGUCUCGUUCCACCGCAGCGGUAUGGAGGUUGGUCCCAUCGAAGACGAUGCGACGCUUUCCUCGGUGGUUCGCCGUGCAGACGGCCCUACCAACGGCUGGGGCGAGUUCGACCAGCUCAUCGACCACGAGAACCCGCAGCUCGGCACCUUCAAGCAGCGGUACUGGUACGGCACCCAGUACUGGAACGGAACGGGUUCGCCAAUCGUCAUCACCACCCCUGGAGAGCAGGCUGCUGAUGGCUUCAACGUCACUUAUACCACCAAGCGACGUCUCACCGGUCUGAUGGCCGAGAAAACAGGCGCCGCCGUCAUUGUGCUUGAGCACCGCUACUGGGGCGAGAGCAGUCCCUACCAGGAGCUGACGACCGAGAACCUCAAGUACCUCACGCUCAACAACUCAAUCCAUGACUUGAUUUACUCGGGAGGCUCCUACUCGGGCGCUCUGGCCGGAUGGAUCGCAGCCAAGGCACCGGGCACCUUCUGGGCCAUCCACGGCUCCUCGGGCGUUGUCGAGGCCGUCCGCGACAUGUGGACCAUGUUCACGCCCGUCCAGGAGGUCAUGCCGCUCAACUGCAGCCGCGACGUGUCGGCCGCCAUCGACUACAUGGACGGCGUCUUCAAGACGGGCAGCCGGGCAGAGGCCGAGAAGCUCAAGGCCAAGUUCAAGCUCGACGGCCUGACCGACGCCGACUUUGGCCAGGCCAUCGAGAACGGCCCCUGGCUGUGGCAGUCGACCCAGUUUUACACGGCCAACAAGGACCUCGGCGGCUCGGGCGUCAACCAGUUCCACCGCUUCUGCGACUACGUCGAGGGCGUUCCCCCCAACUCCACGGCUGCCGUUCCGGGCGAGGAGGGUGUCGGCGUGACCAAGGCCGUCGAGGGCUACGCUCAGUGGUUCACCGAGUCCUUCCUUCCCGGCCAGUGCGAGUCGUAUGGCUACCCAGAGUGGCAGGGAACCUACAACACUGGCUGCUACCAGAACCAAAACGCGUCCAACCCGCAGUACCGUGAUCUGAGCUACGACAACCCCGUCAACCGCCAGUGGAACUGGAUGUUGUGCAACGAGCCUUUCGGCUGGUGGCAAAACGGCGCCCCCGAGGGCCGCCCCUCGAUCGUGUCCCGCUUCGUCAACAACAAGUACUGGACGGACCAGUGCGAGCUGUGGUUCCCCGGCGGCGCGUACGGCUUCGCGCAGGGCAAGACCGAGGCGGACCUGAACGCCUGGACCGGCGGGUGGUCCGAACUGGACAUCCCGCGCCUCAUGUACGCCAACGGCCAGUACGACACGUGGCGCGAGGUCACGGUCAGCUCGUCGGUGCGGCCCGGCGGCCCCAUGCAGAGCAGCGCCGACGCCAACAACGGCACGCAGGUGCGCGUGCUGGCCGGCGGCGUGCACUGCUCCGACCUCUACGGGCCCAACUGGGAGGCCAACGAGGGCGCCAGGAAGAUUGCAGACGACCAGACGGCGCAGAUGGCCGAGUGGGUCGAGGAGUUUUAUGCGACCAAGGGCAGGGCGAGGUAG